AUGGUGAGUGAGAGUGUCGCGGAGAGAACUGGGUAUCUGAAAGUAUGGCAGAACAGGAUAUACUUGCACACAGCUGCCGAUGUUUUGGUUGGAAUUUGGUUCUCACUGAAAAUGGCAUUGAAAAAGGAUGGUUACAGUAUUGAGAAAGUGGUUGACGUAUCUAAAGCACAGAUAUUCUAUGGAUCACAGACUGGAACUGCAAAGUGCUCCAACAAGUUGGUCUGUAUGUUCCUAUUGGCUGUGUACACUGACGGACAGCCCACAGAAAAUGCUGAAUGGUUCUGUAAGUGUCUGGAGGAGGCAUCCACUGACUUCAGAUAUGGGAACACCUACCUGAAAGGACUGAGAUAUGCAGUGUUUGGCCUGGGAAACUCUGUGUAUGGCUGCCAUUACAAUACGGUGAGUAAGAAUGUGGACAAGUGGCUGUGGAUGCUGAGCGGCAUCCGGGUUCUGUCCAGAGGAGAUGGCAACUGCAACGUAGCGAAUAGCCACAAUGGCAGCGUGCAUGCUGACUUUCUGGUCUGGAAGACCAAGUUCCUGAGCUGCCUACAGGCCCUGGUUGCAGGGCAGAAGAAAGCCUGUAGUGGAAACUGUAAGAUGGGCAGCUCAUGUAAGACCAGGAACAGGAAGAAACCACAGUCAUCAGUCUUCUCCUAUCAGGCAUUUCCAGAACAGCUCAGCUCUGAGAAGAGAGAGCAGAGCCAGGAGGAUGGACAGAUUGUGGAGCUGUCCAGGUUGAACGGAAUGAUGAAGGCUGAUGAAAAGGAGGAGAGGAGAGAGUUGAUCACUGCUGCCCUGAGGGAGGCCCUGACUGCUCAGGGAUACAAAGUCAUAGGAAGUCACUCAGGAGACAAGCGUUGUCAUUGGACCAAGUCCAUGCUAAGAGGAAGAGGAGGUUGUUACAAGCACUCCUUUUAUGGCGUCGAGGCCCACAGGUGUAUGGAGUCCUCCCUUAGCCUCGUCUGUGCCAACAAGUGUGACUUCUGCUGGAGACUCCACACUAACCCGGUGGGCACAGAGUGGCGCUGGAAGAGACCUGCUGAGAAGAUACUACUGGAGGCUGUGGAGAACCACCAGAACAUGUUCCGACACUUCAUGGUCCCCAAGGCACAGUUCCCCUAGGAGAUCAGGUGGAGUCUGGUACCGGUGACCAAGCUGUAUGUGAGUGUGGGUGCCGGCACCAAGGGCAGUCUGAAAAAGAUCGACCGGCUGCUCUUCAAUGACUUCUGGCCGAGGUUCCUAGACAGCCUCAAGGAUCUGGGUGAAAAGGAAGUCUCUCGACAGAGGACAGUGUACAAACUGACUCUGGUGAAGACGUGGACUGUAGACAAACUGAAGGCCUACUCAGAGCUGCUGGGACAACUUGACUUCAUUGAGGUCGAGUUAAAGGUGGAGGGAGAGUGGUGGACGUGGAUAGACUACGAGCGGUUCCAGGAGCUUGUCCAGGCCUGAGGCAGCCAGACCUUCUCUGCCCAGGACCACAUGGCCAAGACCCCAUACCAGGCCCUGUUUGGUGCCCAGGAUUGAGGUUUCGACCCAACAGACACACGCUACCAGAGGAGACACAAGACCAAAGAUAUCUCAGGAUGCUGA